UCGCACACCACAUGUCACCCCCAUACACCGCCAGAAAAAGAAACAGCCCCACCCUCUCUAUUUCCUCCCCCAAGCUCUACACCGGCUCAUCCUCUCUCUCUCUCUAAACGCGAAUACUCUCUCUCUCUAUAUAUAUAUAUGGCGUGUGUGUAUACCUUCGCUAUCUAGCUAGCUGUACCAGGCUGUUUUUUUAUUUCAGUAAUUCAGGCUUGUUGAAGGUUUACAAUGGAGGUUUUUGAGCAUUGGUUGUCGUUUCUCUGACAGAAGCUGAGGUUUCUUUGUGGUGUUCGUUUUUUGUGUUUCGCCGUGUUUUCAGAGGAGUAAUUUUGACGGAGAAUUCGGUUGAUUUGAAAUGGCCGUGGAGUACAGCUGCUGCGGAUGGGAUUUUUUUAUUCACAUACUGGUGAUUACAUUUCUCGUGUUGUUCGCUGGUUUGAUGUCCGGGCUCACUUUGGGGCUCAUGUCCAUGUCUCUCGUUGAUCUUGAGGUUCUUGCCAAAUCAGGAAGUCCAGCGGAUCGCAAACACGCAUUGAAGAUAUUGCCAGUAGUUCAAAACCAGCAUUUAUUGCUUUGCACGCUACUUAUGUGCAAUGCUGGCGCGAUGGAGGCACUUCCCAUUUUUCUUGAUAGUCUGGUUACUGCUUGGGGUGCUAUUCUGAUUUCGGUGACACUGAUUCUUCUAUUUGGUGAGAUUAUACCACAGUCUGUUUGUUCUCGAUAUGGUCUAGCAAUUGGUGCUACUGUAGCUCCUUUUGUACGCGUCCUCGUUUGGAUCUGCUUUCCAAUUGCCUUUCCCAUAAGCAAGCUCCUGGACUUGCUUUUGGGGCAUGGCCAUGUAGCACUCUUUCGUAGAGCUGAAUUGAAGACGCUUGUUAAUUUGCACGGUAAUGAGGCUGGAAAAGGCGGAGAACUGACACAUGACGAGACGACUAUUAUUGCUGGGGCUCUUGAGCUCUCGGAGAAAACUGCUGAAGAUGCCAUGACUCAUAUAUCUGAAACUUUUGCAAUUGAUAUUAAUGCCAAGCUCGACAGGGAGUUAAUGAACUUGAUUCUGGAAAAAGGGCACAGCAGGAUUCCGGUGUAUUAUGAGCAACCUACAAACAUAAUUGGACUAGUUCUGGUCAAGAAUCUGUUGACCGUUCACCCCGAAGAUGAAACACCUGUGAAGAAUGUUACCAUACGGAGAAUCCCCAGGGUUCAAGAAACUUUGCCAUUGUAUGACAUAUUAAAUGAGUUUCAGAAAGGUCACAGCCAUAUGGCAGUUGUUGUUAGACAGUGCAAAAAGGCUGAGCAGCUUUCAUACAGCAAUGCUGCUGACAAUGCAGAGAAAGAUGUCAAAAUUGACAUUGAUGGUGAAAAGCCUUUGCAAGAAAAGGUCUUAAAGAGCAAGAGAUCACUUCAAAAGUGGAAGAGCUUUCCCAACAGUGCCAACAAUUCAUAUGGACGAUCUAGAAGCAGGAAAUGGACAAAAGACAUUGAUUCCGACAUCUUGCAUAUAGAUGGCAAUCCACUUCCACAACUCCCUGAAGAAGAAGAAGCUAUCGGCAUAAUAACUAUGGAAGAUGUCAUUGAAGAGCUCUUACAGGAGGAGAUCUUUGAUGAGACUGAUCAUCAUUUGGAGGAUUCAUGACGCAUUGACGCUGCCUUACAGAGUGGCAGAAUGCAGCUGUAUUACGAAAAGUUGGGGCAAGAAAUGAACAUGCCAAAUUUGGUUUAUCCAUAGCCUUAUUACGAAUUAGUGUGGGAUUAUCAGAUACACCAUAGCAAGAAAUCAUGUACUGUUUCAUUGCAGAAUGUGGGUAUGGGAAAUGAGUGUGAUAGUGUAAGUACUCUGUGAAUUCAGUUAUGAGUUGGCUGCUCAUCGUAUUUGUGCGGCCACCUGCGCAGCCUUGAAGAGCAAGAAACUGGGCUGAGUCCCCGCAAAUGGUCGAUGAUUGUAAUUAGCAAUAGGAUUUGCAUGAUGAAAAGAAGAUCUGAGUUUGGCAUUGUAUCCUAAUGUCCUAGGGGCAUUAUCAAAGCAAAGCAUUUAAUUAGUUCCA